GGAGAUGCAAUCAGACCCUGAUUUCCUCACUGCAUCUUCCUCUCCCCACACCGUUACGUUGUUGCUGUGUCGCCUCUUUUCGACCCGACAAGUUCUUUUGGACCUUGAGUCUAAUAAUAUUCUCCGGGCUCAACUUUCUUUUCUUUUUCGAUUCUUCCAGAGUCCACUUCUUGGCCUUAUUCAGCUUGGGCUCUCAUCCACCUCCAGUUCUACUGCCUGGACCUCGGUCAAGACUAACAACACAAGAAUAGGAACAGGAAGAAGCAAGGCGGUCCGUAACAUCUUCUUUUUGCCUCCUACCUAUUGCCAUCUCAUCUAUUCUCUACUCUCCCCACGGCUUUCGAUUACAGCUUCUGAGAUAACAAGCCUUACCUUGGCCUCAUUUACCUCGAUUGGCGCCCCACGACUUGCUCUGCCUCACCAUAUCAUCCUAUUUGAAUCCAUUGGCUGGAGAGAACCCUGGACAUCACCAAUCACAUUGCCAUCUGCCCAUCAACUCCUUGGAGCCACGCUUUGUGAUCUGAACAACCAUCACUGUUGCCUCCCGAGACAGUUCUUUCUCCUUUUGCAUCUUUGUGGCAACCCGGUACCUGACAGAGCCCAACUGUGUCGAUACCUAACCCAGCUGCCCACCACUACGCAUCAGUCAAUACGAGAAGGCCUCCAUUACUACACUCCAAGUCUUAUAGACACUAAGGGCGACAGCAACGCAAGUGACUUCAUUCCCGGAGGUUUCAAGAGCAAACUAAUUACCCCACCUCGAUCUCACGAACAUAGUUCACGCACCUACAGCCGAUUCAACCAUCUGUACAGUGGAAAGAAACAUAGGGGUUUCGUGACCCCCCGAUAUACAACGCUUUUAAGCAGCACCAAGCUUCUCGGAGCCGCUGCAACAGACAUUACUUCACCAACACGGCCAGAGAAAGUCGCCGAGCUGGCCCAACUCAAGAGCGAGUCUCCACUCUGCCUCUUGCGGGCAGAGUUACCGCCAUCCAUCGUGGGUGUAGAAGACCGUCUCGAGCGGGGGCGUACGCCUCGCUCAUAUGCUAACGGUCCAUACGCGGGAAGACUGGAUGGUCAGACUGUCGCGUUAGACUUUGCUGCUCUUCUGAAGGCAUCCGGAUCUCAUGAGCCUCCUGCCUCGCCGCUUCAUCAGACCCAGCCUGUUCCAGCUCCCACUUAUCAACCAUUUCCUCCCAAGGCAUCGCCAGCUCCACCACGGCCUGUUGCGCAUGUGGCGCCACCACCGCAGGUAGCUUCGACACAGAUGUCUGGAAGACGCGGCAUGCACCCCCAUGCUACAGAUCAGCCACCCGUGAAGAAGCAGAGCAAGUGGUCACCAGAAGAAGAUGCCCUUAUCAUCGAGCUUCGAGGGCGUAACAUGAAGUGGGAGGAUAUCUCAAAGCGUCUGCCUGGCCGGAGUGCCAUCAGCUGCCGCCUACACUACCAGAACUACCUCGAAAGACGAAGUGAAUGGGAUGAAGAGCGCAAGAAUAAACUUGCCAGACUUUACGAGAGGUUCAAACCAGAAAUGUGGGCAAAAGUUGCAGAAGAGAUGGCGGUGCCCUGGCGAGCAGCAGAGGCCAUGCAUUGGCAGCUUGGUGAGGCAGAUAUGGCUAGACGUGCAGGCGUUAUCCCUUUCUCUCUAGCUGCAGUCAAUGUCGAGGGAAACAACAGUCACAGGAGCUCCCCCUCACGCAGCCACAUCCACUCGCAGCCCCAAGUCAGCAUGCCUCGCGAUCUUGGAGUACCGUCGCCUCGAAUUGUGUACAACAGACCUCCACCAAUGAUUGCUAGUAGCCGAACUAUGGUUCCCCGCCGAGAAUCGAUUCCUCCGCCGCCUCCUUUGUCCAUGGUUCCAGAUCCUGCUGAAGCUCAGUAUGUGCCAGGGCCAGGUUUGGCACCGAUCCAGAACCAGCCACCACCUCGAACAGCUGGUAUGCUUCCUGGGGUCGCUGAACUUACUGGAGGAGUCAGCCCCUAUAGUGCACCUGCUGCAGUGCCUAAUAUGGGACAUAUAACCGGGGUAGGUCAGGGCCCUCUGUAUUCAACACUCGCCAGUUACUCGAUGGAAUCGGCCGGGUCCAAACGAAGAGCUUCUCCAGAUGAAUAUCCGCACGAGGCGAACCAGCGGCGCCGAAUCACAUAGCCUGCCAUGCCUGAAGCAGCUGUACUAUAUGAGCGCUUGAUGAGUGACUCUUGAGUCCUUCCGGGCAUUUGUCUUGCAUCUUGUCUCAUAAGACGACAACGAUUGGGUUAUUGAGUGCGGUAAAGAAUGUACGACUUUUAUGAUGGUGUUAAGAGCAUGGGAUUGCAUAACUACACGGACAGGAACAGAACAACAUUUUUUGACUUAUGGGCAAUCUAUUGCCGGCAGGUCUGAUUGGAGCAUACCGAGGAACACAAUAGCAUAUGGGUUUUAACGACGGAACGGGAUGGAUUGGACAGGAUGGAAUGUGGGCAUGACUUAUUAAUGUAAAGAAAAUCUUUUGGGGAGACCAUUGGUGUAUUUUUUCUUCUUCUCAUUUCGGUUCUUUGAGUUGUCUUUUUUAUUAUGUUCAUGUAUUACAAUUUGCAUUGGCCAGAGGCAUCUGCAUGGCAAUGGAUACUGGUUGUUUGAGGACCUAGCGAUGGAAGCAUCAGAAAGGGUGAGGUCAAGGAUGAUCUCAGGAAACCGGAGUUGAAAGAGAGACAGUGUUGUUUUGUUACACAGCGUUUGCAUUUUCCCUGUUUAGUAUCACUUUCCCAUUGAUAGACACAUAUGAAGAUGUGAUAGAGAAAUUUUCAGUAUAGAUGGAAUGUACAGUUAGCGUUGUUACUCGAGUUGAGCAAUACCUUGAAUAUUACCAGUUUGAAGACG